AUAAUAUUAUUCAUUAGAGCAGCUGCUCCCAAUUGCGCCUCUCUCAGAGCAACCAACGGAAUUGCCCAAGUGGCUGUCUCAGCAGCAAGAAUCAUCGGCCCAGCGUCUGCAGCUUCAGUCUUCUCUUAUUCAUUGCAGGAAGGGCAUGAUGCAUGGUCGAUAUACUACUUCUUGACUGCAAUCAUAUUUCUCACUGUAGGUACUGCUUUAUUGCUUCCCUGUGAUCCUAGUGUAUGGGAUGAUUCCCAAUAGCACAAUAUGGUGCAUUUUGAUCGGAGCAUGAACAUGGUGUGCCAUCUACAUGUAGCGGGCGGGAUGACGAGCGCGUCAGCAGGCAUCCGUGGCGGGAGGAAUACUGGCGGGAGGCGGGAUGGUAGUGGCGGCAUUGCAAAGGUAUGU